AUGAUGAGGCAGUUCGUUUCACAGCGGGGCGCCUCCCGCAGGCUUGCGCCAUGCCUUCGCCGCGGCUUUGCCACAGCUACGGACUCGACACCCGCCUCCUCGCGCAUUCCUCCCUAUUCCAAGAUCGUCCGAAACCUCGAAAACGUUCGCAGGGUUCUGGGAUCGUCCCGCGCCCUUACCCUGGCGGAGAAGAUUCUGUACUCGCAUCUUGACAAUGCGGAAGAGUCCCUGUUGACCGGCACGGAGAAUGGACGAGAUAUCCGCGGCAAGGCCGACUUGAAGUUGAAGCCGGAUCGCGUUGCGAUGCAGGAUGCGUCUGCGCAAAUGGCAUUGCUCCAGUUCAUGUCGUGCGGUUUGCCCUCGACCGCCGUACCGGCCAGUAUUCACUGCGACCACAUGAUUGUUGGUGAGCGGGGUGCCGACACCGAUCUGCCAGCGUCGAUUCAGGGCAACAAGGAGGUGUUCGACUUUUUGGAGAGCGCUUCGAAGAGAUACGGAAUUGAGUUCUGGCCUCCGGGAGCCGGUAUUAUUCACCAGAGUGUUUUGGAGAACUACUCCGCACCCGGUCUCAUGAUGUUAGGAACGGACAGUCACACCCCCAACGCCGGUGGUCUUGGUGCCAUUGCCAUUGGUGUCGGUGGCGCGGACGCCGUUGAUGCCCUUGUUGAUGCUCCUUGGGAGCUUAAGGCUCCUCGAAUUCUCGGUGUUAGACUUGAGGGCAAGCUUUCAGGCUGGGCCUCACCCAAGGAUAUCAUCCUCCAUCUCGCCGGAAAACUGACCGUCCGCGGUGGUACAGGCUUUGUCAUCGAGUACCACGGGCCCGGAGUUGCGACACUCAGCACAACCGGUAUGGCGACGAUCUGUAACAUGGGAGCGGAAGUUGGUGCCACAACCUCCCUCUUCCCCUUCUCUCCCAACCAUGUGCCCUACCUGAAGGCGACGCACCGUGCGGAUGUCGCCGAGGCAGCGGCCAAGAUCGCUUCUGCAGGACCUUCAAGCCUGCUCCGCGCAGACACCAACGCCGAGUACGACCAGCUCAUCACAAUCGACCUCUCCGCCUUGGAACCCCACAUCAACGGUCCCUUCACACCCGAUCUCUCCGUUCCUCUGUCGCGCUUCGCUGAAACCGUCCGCGAGAAGAAGUGGCCCGAGACCUUCAACGCCGGCCUCAUCGGCAGCUGCACCAACAGCUCCUACGAAGACAUGACUCGCGCUGAGCACCUUGUCAAGCAGGCCAACGCCGCGGGCCUCAAGCCCAAAGCAGACCUCUUCAUCACCCCCGGUAGUGAACAGAUCCGCGCCACCCUCGACCGCGACGAGACCCUCUCCACCUUCUCCUCUGCCGGCGGCACCGUCCUCGCCAACGCUUGCGGCCCCUGCAUCGGCCAAUGGAAGCGCACUGACGACGUCCCCAAGGGCACCGACAACGCCAUCUUCACCUCCUACAACCGCAACUUCCCCGGCCGCAACGACGGCAAUCGCCGCACCAUGAACUUCCUUGCCUCUCCUGAGCUCGUCACAGCCCUCACCUACGCCGGCUCCACCACCUUCAACCCCGUGACCGACGCCAUCACUACACCCUCCGGCGCGGAAUUCCGAUUCGAGCCCCCAACGGGCCAUGACCUGCCAUCCAAGGGCUUCGAGGCCGGAAACCCGGCCUUCGCCCCCUCCGCCCCCGUCCCCGACGCCAGCGUCGAGGUCAAAGUCUCUCCCACCUCCACCCGCCUCGCCCUCCUCGAGCCCUUCGCCCCCUUCCCCAACUCCGACCUCCAGAACCUCAGUGUCCUCUACAAGGUUAAGGGCCAGUGCACAACGGACACCAUCUCCGCCGCUGGCCCCUGGCUCAAGUACAAGGGCCAUCUCCCCAACAUCUCCGAGAACACCCUGAUUGGUGCCGUCAACGCCGCCACCGGUGAAACGAACGUCGCCUACGACGAGAACGGCAAGCAGCACACCAUCCCUGAACUCGCGGCUCAAUGGAAGGCCCAGGGCCGUGAGUGGAUCGUCGUCGCGGAAGACAACUACGGUGAAGGAUCUGCCCGUGAGCACGCCGCCCUGCAGCCCCGGUACCUCGGUGGCCGCAUCAUCCUCACCAAGUCCUUCGCUCGUAUCCAUGAGACAAACCUCAAGAAGCAGGGAGUUGUCCCCCUCACGUUCGCCGACAAGGCGGACUACGACCGCAUCGAUGCCUGCGACGUCAUUGCCACCGAGGGUCUGUACGAGACCCUGAAGAACGGCGGCAAGGGCGAGGUCAAGAUUCGCGUUACGAAGAAGAGCGGCGAGGAGUUUGUUAUCCCUGUUAAGCACACUCUGAGUGCUGAUCAGGCUGCAUUCAUUUUGGCCGGUAGUGCUUUGAACCUGCUUUCUAAGAGGUAG